GGCGGUGCAUCCCCCAUCCCCCACACAGUGGCCGUCUCUCCGGGUGAAGCCGUCUUCGCAGCCGCCACUGCCCGACACGAACGCUGCUGUAGCAGAGCCAGUCCGCCCCGACCGAAGCUGAGCCGACACACGGGAGCUCUCGUACACACAAGGAGGGGAAGACUUUUACUGUUCGACCGUGUGGUUUUGAUUUGCAUAUCCACUUCCACUCCUUCCUCAUUUGCAUACAGCGAGAAUGGCGAGCGGGCAUCCCACAGACAAAUUCAGUUUCAUGUAUCAACCAGACACGCACAAGAGCAAAAACAGAUUAACUUCAGCCAUGAACCCAGUCUACAGCCCUGUUCAGCCUGGCACUCCAUACGGAAACCCUAAGAACAUGGCCUUUGCAGCAAAUGGGCAGGUGUGUCUCGUCUGCCAAAGCGGUGAAUGCUAUCCAGGAGCUUAUCCUGCCACAGCUCCCACCUACACUCCCAACCUCUACCAAACUGGGAGUCCUGGGUAUCCACCAGGAUAUACUCCAGCAGGAACCCCAUACAAAGUUCCCCCCACUCAGUCAAAUGGAGCUCCUCCUCCCUACACCCCCACUCCCACCCCAUACCCAACAGCUAUGUAUCCCAUCCGCAGUGCCUACCCUCAGCAGAACAUUUACGCACAGGGAGCAUAUUACACCCAACCUGUGUACGCAGCUCAGCCACAUGUGAUCCAUCACACCACUGUGGUGCAGCCCAACAGCAUCCCCUCCACAGCCCUCUACCCUGCCCCCGUCACCGUUCCCGCACCUCGCAACAACGGCAUGCCUGCCAUGGGGAUGGUAGCUGGGACAACCAUGGCCAUGAGCGCAGGGACCCUGCUGACGACACCCCAGCACCCCCCAAUUGGAGCACACCCAGUUACUGUGCCAACCUACAGGCCCCAGGGAACGCCUGGUUACAGCUAUGUACCGCCUCACUGGUAGAGCGCCCCCAUCAUAUCUGGAGUCCACCAUCGUAUGCAACUCGCUCAAAUGUUACACGAGCUCCCAGCGGUAACCACGAGAACUCGUCACCUGUCUGCAAGAACAAAACUAAAGUGCAACAGCCACUUUACUAUUAUUGUUAUCAAGCGACAUUCUCUGAUGUAUUUACAAAAGCUGCUUUUGAUUUGAUUUGAUUUUUCUUUUUAUUUGCCAACCAGUCAUUACCUUUUUUAUUUUGAUUGUUUAUUUUGAAUUUCCUGUUUUAAUUUUGUUUAUUUUUGUUGUUGCUGCGUCUGUCAUUGGAACUCCAGAAGGACUCUCGACCUAUCACGGGUGUCGGUCGCUCCUGUUUCUGUGUUGUUGGUGUGUGUGGUCCCGCCUGCUGCUGCGGGUGAUGAUGAUCAGCUGGCUGGAAAAAUAUCAGGCACUUAACUCUUCGUCGUCAUCAUCGUCCCCAUCAGUCACUACAGCUAUUGACUAAUGCUGCCAAAUUUUCUAACACAUAGAUAUCAGCACAGGGUUUUACCAUGAUUAGGCUCUUUGUUUGUAAAGUUCCAGUUGUUUUUGUAAAGUUCAUUUUUAUCCUCUUCUGCCUGAUUUGUUCCAUUUUUCAGUUCGACCUCAGUCGUCUUCCAGCGCGUAGCUUUGUGUCCGACGGUCCGUCGUCCCUUUUGUCACCUGUUCACGUGAGUGUUAGUCAAUGCUGUGAGCACUUACCGACCACAACGCAUCACGUGUCUUACUUUGUCUGUGUUGACGUUGUACCAAGUACACACUAAAUAAAAGACUCAAGCACUUCAUACUACAUACUAUGCAGACUGGUAUGUUGUGAUACUGUUAAAAUCUUAGCCAGAGAACGUUUCGGACAUGUUUGGGUCGUUUCAGCUUGUGUUGUUAAUGUGGAUGGGGUGGGUUUGUGGGGGUGGGGGGGGGACUAUAUAAACAGUCAACAGCAUGAGGCGUCAUUCACACCAUGACACAUACAGAUACACAAAUGCACACACAGGAGCUUGUUUGGCAUACAGAAAACAAUGACUUAGCAGCACUUACUGUACGGAGCCUCCAGUGGUUAACGAGCAAACAGCCGUGGUUUUCUGGGGUGGUGUGGUGGACAUGGCCAGCAGGAGUGUAAAGGGAUCAGGCAGGAGAGGAGGACAGUGAGAGGAAGGAAGACGACUUGACGUUUAAUAUUGUUUAAAAUGUACCGAUUGUGUAACCUGCUUCGUCCUUUCCUCAGACAAAUAAAAACACAACAAAUGAGGUUUUGGGUAAUUGUGAACGGCCCAUGAAGCCUCAGUAUUAAAACUGAGGCUGUGUCAGCCAUUUUGACCCAAGGGCAGCAUGAGGGUUAACAAUAUUACUACAUACCAACUUUGGAUAUGCAUCAGAAAAUACAUUUGUAGGUAGGACUGCUGGAUGGAUUUGAAUAGUAUUGCAUCAAAUUGUGUUUAUUGGUCCUCGCUUUCAGUGGAUUUGGGUGUUGGAUAGAUUGUCAGUGGGAAUUAAAGAGAUGCGUCACCUCUUUUGAAGCGGGGGUUUGUGGGAAAGUUAUGAACAAUUAAUAUCUUACCUGUUGUAAGGGUCAGGCUUCACCUGUUUGGUGAAAAAUUGUACUUCUGUUGUUUUUUUUUUUUACCAGACUGGACCAAAAUGGAUUAUGUCACUGACAAUUUUGCAUUGCUCUGUUUUGUUACAUAGAAAUUUAUGGUUAUUUGAAAGCUCAAAUAGUAGCAGCAGUUAGCUAUAGCACUUCACAUUUAGCCCAGGCCAUUUCCAGCUAACAUGAAUAACAGUAUAUGUGAAAGUGGUGGCAAUGUAAGUUUAUUAAAACAUUUUUGCAUGAACUUCUUUGAAAUUAUUAGAAAUGCAUGAUAUUGGAUUUUUGGCCAAUAUCCGAUAUGCCGAUAUAUUAAAACUUAUUUGGCCGAUACCAAUACCGAUAUGUUCCCCCUAAACCCACUUACAGAAAAUACAGAGCUUUCUCUGCUGUGAAAUUAAAAUACUACAUUAUUCUGCAUGGUCUUUGUCAAUUUGGCCUGCUACCAAAUACAGAUGAUGCAACAGUAUAUAAAUAUAUAAUGUAUAUUUAAAAGAAGGGCACCUUUUCUAUUGGUGAGUUAUUUUGAGGGAAUGUCCGAUAUUUUACUUUAUUGCUAAUAUCAGUCGAUAC